GCGAGUGCAUCGACAUAACAAACAGAAUAACAAAUACAAAAUAACAAAUUCAAAAUAACGUGCAGUGUUGUGUUAGUGACAAAAAGUGACAUGUUCGUGUGAAUUUUAAAAUGGCUUUAAAAAAGGAUUUUGAGUUGCCUAUUAACAUUAAUAGUAUCAAAAACGUUAAGUUCCCCAAAUCUUCGAAACUGCAGCAGGCUUUAGAAAAGUUGUUCAAAAAGAAUAACUAUACUAAAAUCCAGAGUUAGACAAUCUAGAUGGCUGGUGAAGUUACAGAUAUUAGUAGAAGUAGCAACAGUUUUAGUAAAGACCAACCUGAGCCUAAACCACCAGAAUUUUUGUCCAACGAAGCGGAAUUCAUUGGUAAAGGAGACAUUAGGACAUCUACACCGAAAAAACACAGACGCAGUCGUUCUAGAAGUGGUACAAGAAUCGCGCCAACAGUGUUGAGUUUGUCUGAUGAACAUUUUUAUGAGGAUUUAGAGGAUUACGUGAAGAUGUCGACGACCACAUCAGCCAUGCAAGGAGACGAUGUGUGGACCCAGCUGCAACAGAAGGAGUCCGACCUCCUUCUAGCGGCAGAACUGGGGAAAGCACUGCUCGAGAAGAAUGAGGAACUGAAGAAGGAACAGGAACGUGUCACCGAAGAGUUCUCCAAGAAAGUUGAGGAAUUGGAGCAAGAGAAGCAUCUGUUGCGGCGACGGCUGGACACAACCCAGGGAGAGUAUGAAGCCCGGAUCAUCGAGUUGCAGAAUGACAUCAAGGAGCUCACUACCAAAAUCGGAUCCAGGGAUACCUCUGUUAAACAGCGAGAAGAGGAGAAAGCCAGCCUGAUAGCAGAACUGACUGCACAGAACUCGCGACUGACGGCGCAGUUGAAGGAGUCGUCAGCUGUGGAGGCGCAGCUGAUGGCACAGCUCGAGGGGCUGAAGGACCAGUGCUCCAUGAGGAAGACUAGUCUUCAGGAUCACGUGCACAGCCUAGAGUCACUCAAGGCAGAACUAGCGAUGGUGACAGACAAGAAGGUGGACCUGGAGCGGCGGCUGACCUCCAGCCUGCACGACAAGGACAACCUGAUGCAGCAGCUCGAUGAAGCCAACGACAGGAUCGUCGCGCUCGAGAGGCAGCUCAAAGAACAGGAGCACCUCUACCACAACACCCUGAAAGAGCUGGAGCGUCUCCAGCGCUCGCACGACACCCUGGCCGAGAGGAUCGGCGCUCCAGAACCGACUGAGACCGCGGACCCGGGCAGGUCCCUGCACGCGGAGAUGGAGGCUGAGCCAGAAGACCAGGAUGACGGAUGGCUUCGGAGCGAAGCUGUACAAGUUUACAAGCAGCUGCGAUCAUUGGCACUGCAGCUAAAUACUGGCCACGAUGAUGACUCGGGGCUCCACUCAGACCUGUCGCUGACAUCUCUGGACGGUGAAGAAGGCGAGACGCUGCGUCGCGGGGCACUCGCCGCCGCAUGCGCGGACGCCGUCGCCGCAUACGCCACGCUAGAAGGAUCUAGAGUGAGAGACUCGAUCGCGGCGCACGCGCGUCGAGCGUUGGAGCGAGAGAGGCAGAUCGAUGAGAAGAAUGAACUUAUAGCUGACUUGUCUUCUAAGCUGUCAGUGGCUGAGGUGGAGCUCCGUGCAGCUAACGAGGAGCGUGACAAGCUGCUAAAUGAUGCUAACUACAACAGUCUGCAGAAUGACGAGGCUGUAUCCCGGGCUAGACAAGAGAGGGACGAGGCGAUUGAGAGGAAGAAGGUGGCCGAGGUUGCCCUAGCGAAGACCCGUGUGGAGCUGAUGCAGGCCAACAGUCAGCUGUACGAGGCUGUGCGUCAAAAGAUCGAUCUUGGGCAGCAACUCGAGCAGUGGCAGAUGGACAUGCAAGAGCUGAUUGAUGAGCAGAUGAAGCACAAGCUGACGAGUCAAGAGAAGCGGAGGAAGCUGCCGGAACCCGUCGCGCCGACCAGGACCGCCCGUAUCCUUGGAUUUUUUCAGAGAUGAUCUGUUGUACCCAAUUAUUCAACACACGUGAAGCCAUAGACCUAACUACCAUAUCAAUCUACCUAAUUAUAUCAAAACAAUACGACACACUCUCACUUUCCGCUGCCGUUUUAUAUUUAAUUUUGUACAAAAAGAAUUUUAGGUUAUAUGCCCUCGCGUCCGCCAUCUUGUUCGGCACCGACGCGUUCACAGUUGCAGCGGUUUUCGGGUGCGUUCUAAUUUUAUUUUUAAAACCGUGUGAUGUAAAAACACUUGCAGUGAUAUUUAGUGUCUUUAUUAGAUUGUUAAUUGUAACUAUACGAGUACUUUUGAUUAUUUUACACGUGUAAACUAAGCGAAUUAGUCGGGUUUUUUAUUCUUGAACGAUUUUUAUAGGACAGUCUACUGUUACGUGCUCAAUUUUAAGCAAACCCACCAGUUUUUGUAUUGUAAUACGAAUAUGAACCUGACUACACGCUUAAAACGUAUCAAAAGCAUUACAAAAGGUAUAUACACCUUAGCUAAAAAACACAGGAGAAAUAAAUAAACAUAGGCAUUUUAAAUAUUUGCAAUAUUUUUCAAAAUAUUUUUGGAUUGGUUAGAGAAGACUUGGUACAACAGAUUUUUAUACUAGUAACUAAGUAGCGCUUUUUAGAAGAAUAUCAGUUUAUAUUAAUAUUGUUCGAACGACGUAGAUAUCGACAGAAUCGAAUGGAAUAAGUUUUUCAAGUGUAACUUUGCGUUAAAAUAUAGGUAGUUGCGUUAAAUCUUGGUACUGGGUGCAAUUAGGUCAUGACCUAGUUUUUAUACUGUUUAAAGCACAGUUACACUUGACUAAUAUGCAGGUAAUAUUUGCUUUAAUAUUUACGUAUAUACAAAACACUAAUAAAACACAUCGGAGAGAGUAAUUUUAACAAUUCAGCCAUUUAAAAAUUAUACCAUUUCGGAUACUAACCUUUCCAUUGCUUUAAUAUUGUACAUAAUAUUACAUUCCUUAAAAAGAGAUUAUAUGCAAGCACCUAAAGUAUAGUUUUAGGCAUUUUUAUAGUAUGUAUUUUUCACUAAAGUGAUUUCGUUGCACUACUUACUAAAUUAGAUCUUAAAUGCAAAACUGAUCAUGGAUGUUUCAAGUCUGUGAUCUCUAUGAGAAAAUUAAAACCUCGCUAAGAUACGAAAAAUAAUGUAAUUUUAUAAGCUUUUUAAUAAACAGACGGGCAUUAUUGGUGCUAAAAAAAAUUAGUGGCCAUUUUAUGCCAUCUCUAAAAAAGAGAUACAAACUUUUUUGCAUUUUAAGAAAAAGUAAAUUUAGAAUGGCAUUGAUUUGGCGGGAUUUUAGUUUUCUACAAGCUUCACGUACCACGUUAUGAAAUAGUUGUUUUAAAUAGCCAUAUUAUUAAAAUUACGAUUUUAUCAAAACAAGAACGAAGCAUGAUCUGCGAGAAUUUAGAAUAAAUAGUAAAUUAUAUUCAAGUGUCAACUUGUAAAUUUUUCACGAAUAAUUAUGUAUUUUAUUAAGUGAUAUUACUGUUAGAUAAUGUUUUGCAAUAACUUACUUACGUAAUUUUAUGCUGUGCCUUAUAAAGUACCUGGCCUAGUAAGUGCCUUUAAAAUUGUCAAUUUUAAAGAAAAAUAAGAAUCAAUGAUUUACAACAACGCUCGUAAUGAAGAAACCCCUUUGAUGUGUUACUUCGCUCUAUUUAUGUAAGUACUUAACUUACUUAAAUGUCUAAAAAUAUAUUUUCCUAAGUAAAUCUAAUCGUGCUAGUGAAAACCAAGGUGCCUAACUAGGAAACAAAUAUACAUUAUAAAAUACCUUACAUGUACCUACGGCAGUGACGUCAGAACUGUAGUGCUUAUAAAAUAAUAUCAGACAGGAAACAGUCAAAGUUGGUCAUUUUGUCCGCUUGGGUUUUUUAUUUCUUUUGGCGCCACUAGUAACUAGGUACUGUAGUGUAUUCAUUAUAAUCUGUGGAUUUUAAAUCUAGAGUCCGCGCCACUAAAUAAGUCCUGCGGGUGGGGGCGCUGACGUCACAGUACCUAUCUGCCACAUCUGCAUAGAAUUACCCAUAAUAAAUGAGUGAAGUGAAACCAUCGUCGACUGCGACAUAAAUUGAGGCGAUCUUAAGGAAGAUCUCAAAUUCACCGCAAAAUCGGUAUUCUUCGAAGUCGCCUCCACCUUAGAAUCUCGAGUUUACUCCAGUGAAGUUGAGAAAGGCCUGACGUCAUUAUUUUCGUGUUAUUUUGUUGGCUGUAUGAUUAUGCUCGGCUCCAGUGAGUAAAGUCCUCAAGUUGAGGACGUAUAUAUCAACUUAAAAUACCAAAAUGCCCAGCUGAAGCCGACUCGAGUGGAGUUACCGAGUUAAAAUUUUAAAAUCCGCGGGACUUGUUUCGUGACAUGUAACCCUUAACUGUAACACUUUACCUUACGGUCUUGAUUGUGAGAAUAUUGAUAAACUAUAAAAAGUACAUUCUAAUGAUUCUAAUGGACAUCUGAAUCAAAAUAUGUAAUUAACUAAUUUUAUUGUCACACCUAACGGCACAGUAAAAUGUAAGUACUUAUUUAAUUAUUUCUUAUUUUGUACAUUCAACAUAAAAUACAUUUUGUCUCUAAGCAGACAUUUCGAAAUAUUUUAUUUAAUUUAUUAUUAAGACUGAACUAAUUAUUGAAUUGUAAAAUUAUUAUUGUAAUUCAGACAUUGCAAAAUAAUUGUAAAUUUUUAUUUGAUUCGUAUUGCAAAACUUAAUGGUUGUUUUACAAUAAUAUAUUAUUUUUUUGAAUGCACAAAACAAUAGCGUGGUUGCAGGAGCAAAAUAUUAAGGUUGACUGUAAAAAAAUGGUAGAUAUUGUAUCUUUGGUAAUUCCGGAAAAUGGUAUUAUAUCACAGAUUUUCAUUCCAAAACACUGAGAAAUCUGAUGGUACCUAACUAUGUUUCUUAAAGUCAAAUUCGGAGUGGCAAGUAGGUUCCCGAGUUGAAAACUACUUCAGUGGUAUGGAAAGAACAUUACCUACUUACAUAAGAAAAUAAAUAAAUAAAUAAAUAUUUCAAGUAGGUACACUUACACCAUCAAUGAAAAGACGACGCCCUGGGUAUAGGUUCGGGCCAAAUUGGGCACCUUAAGGCUUGUUGUCUUUAGUUUUUGUACCGGUUGCGAGCCCUAAGCGCUGACCAUCCAACCUUAGAAGGGAAAACCAGCCCAAUACCGGUGGUAAGCUAAGUAGGUUUCCUCGUGAUAUUUUCCUUCACCGCUGAGCACGUGAUAAUUAUUUAUAAUCGAAACAUGAAUUCGAAAACAAAUUCGAAGUUCAUUGGUUUAGGCCCGUGUUGGGAUUCGAACUUCCGACCUCAUAAUGAGAGUCAAGCGUUAUUCCAACUGGACUACCACGGCUGCUGAGGCAAACUGCAAUAAGUGAAGAAAAAAUGUCAUCAAUGGAUUAUGCCACUCGCUUCAAUUUUACCUGAAAUAUUUUGUAUCAUGUAGCCACACUGCCUUAUUUUAUAAUAACUGUGAAAUUAUAAAUGAUCUCGAAUUUGGCAAAUAGCUGAACCGAGAAAUGUAUUAUGUACUUAUCUAUUUACUUAAGCAUAUUUUUUCUUAGUCAUUCCAUAUUAUAUUAUUUCGUUUGUCAUGUUUUCGCAUUACCUAAAUAAAUACAUUAAAGCCCUAUUCUGCCCUAUUUUUCCUUUAAAAAAAAAGUAACAUGAAGAAUGCUACACCGACAAUAAAUUAAUGAUGAUGAUGAAAUAAACGCGCACCCAUAAUCCCUAUUGCGGUAGGCAGAGCAACAAUUCAAACUUUCUUGAUAUAAGCAAAUUAAGUAGGCUCUUGAAGACGGAUAAUGCAAAAAGUAGAUUGACAAGUCAAGUAAACAGGGGAUACAGAGCAUUCUCCACUACGCUGCUCAACUGCGGGUUGGUUGAGUUGAUUUUUCACAAUACAAAAAAAUUAAAUAUGUUAGAAAAAAUCUGUUGCUACAAUACAAUACAAAUAGUUUAUUGUUCAAUAGAACAAUUCGCAGCCUUAUUAUUUAUUGCAGACCGAUACUUGUAAUGCAGAAACUCGACAAACAUUUAACUCAAUUUUAAACCCUAACUACAUAAGAAUACUGUGCAAAUGUACUUAAUAUAAGCAUCUCCCAUAAGUAGGUACUUAAUGUAACUUAAGAUAAGAUCUAAACAUGACUAGCUACUUAAAUCGUUUGUGGAAUUAAUAAAUAAAGCAAGAAUUU